AUUUGCUACAGUGUCUCCUAUUGUAGGACUCCAACCACUGUUCGAAGCUGAUAUCAUAAAUAAUGGACUCUUGUCGAUGUGGAUCUGGCGAUUUGCUUUUUACAGAGGCAGCUAUGUAAAUAUUUUAGGCAAAAAGUGAAAAUUUCGAGCCAACCGACAGGCAAAUCGAGCAAUCGACCACAUUUGGUACACACAUAUGUACAUUACCCAGUCGCGUACAUUUACCACAACUCCGGAAGGCAAAGAUCACGUCGAGUGUCGCCCCUUCAAAUGUCAGCUUCGAAUUCGUUUGUGUUCGCGAGUUUUGCUGUAAAACUUUGCACAAAAAGUACUCGAAACUGCGAAGGAGCAGCAACUAAAUCAUUGAAUUAAACCCGGGAACAAGAGUGGAGCUGUUCGAUUAUCGUUAAGGUACAGAUCGGUCUGUAAUAUAUAUAUAUAUAUCUAUAUAUAUAUAUAUAUAUAUAGACAACAAAGCUUGCGUGCAAAACAUGCAUUCCUCCUCUGCGGCAUCAAGUGCGCUUGUGGAAUACUCCGACGUCAGUUCGGAGGAUUUCUCCGAUGCAGAAGCUGGCGAGAUCGAUUCGGAUGCUGCGCUAGCUGGGAGAAGUGGAACAUCAGCAGCAGGACCAGCAAAUCGAAAACUAGAUAAUCAGACUAGAAAACACAAUUCGGAUGCCGUUUUGCGUAUAACAAAGAACAAUGACUUCAGAAAGAGGCGCACUGAAGAAAGCGACGACAUGGCCUUAGUUCACGAGGUGGCAACAAGAACGAGGCAAGUGUCAGUUGUUGCCAGCAGCAGCAGUAGGCUUAACACUUCAUCGGUCACAGAGAGUGUCAGUCACCAUCGCGCCGAAGUCGAACUGACGCAGACGAAGGGCUCCAAGGAGGAUCAGUUGCAAUGGGACAGGGAGCUGUACAUGUCCAGCGAUACAAUCGACACCGAUGAAAUCGAAGCCGAAAUGAAGCGACAGAAGCGCAAAAAGUUGAAGAAGGACAAGCACAAGCAUAAAUCCAAAAAGAAGUCAAAGAAGCGCAAGAAGAAGCGUGCGAAAUCAUUUUCGAGCAUCGAUUCGUUAUCUGACAGCAACCUGACAUCGUUGCUGGACAGGCAUCGGCGAUAUACACCGCCAUCGGCUCCAAAUCGAGCCAAGAGCGCCGAGCGCACUGUCGUCAGCGCUGCACUUCCCUCAUAUACGCCCCAUAAAGACAGUCAAAGCAGUCCCAUAUCUGUGGGUACUCCACCUGCCCGACGCCCCAAUAGUAAUAAUACCACCUAUUAUGGUGAAUCUACGGCGGCCACAACAAGCACGCCGCUGGGCAGCAAUUUGCAAGUGACGGUCACGAACAAAACGUCGUCUUCGAACAGUCGACAUCGCUCGCCUCCAACUCGCGCCGGCGGUGGUGGCAGCAGCAGCAGCAACCAACGAUAUGCCACCUCACCACGCACACCGCCACAGUCACUCAGCCACUCCCAUCCAUCGGCUGGUGGACGCGGUGACUCACGUAGCACUCGCUUUGUGCAAAGUCCCCUAAAAGACGAAAUAAAUGCUCAUCACCGAUCUUCAAAUACGUAUGGAACACGCUAUUCGGGCGGUGGCUCUGUGAGUGGCCAGGACUCCAGAAAACUGAAGCGCAUAUCACCGGAGUUGGAUCGCUAUCACCACCAGCCGAGCACGCCGCCGCAUAAGCGACGAAAGUUUAGCGAUGGCCGAGAUGCAUCCUUGUCAUCGUCUGUGGGUCCAUUCGAGCACGGCAGGCACCAUGCUGUUAAAUAUGAACGCUACAGCCGGGAUCGAUACUCACGGCGUGUGUCCAAGAGUCCCAGCGUUCAUCGCUUAUCUCGCAGUCGACUGUCGCCUGGAGGUGGCGCCAAUUCGGGCAGCAGUAAUUCAAAUAUGUAUCGACAACGUAGUAAUAGCAGUCAUAAACACAACAAAUUUGGUGGCGCACCUCACUCGCCUUCGCCACCAAUGCCAACGAGAUCGUCUUCCAAACGUGUCUCCGGCAGCAGUGGCAUGGCUGGCAUCUCUUCAGAACGCUACUCGUCACGCUCACCGCGGCUAAGUUCGCGUUACUAUGAGUCAUCGCCGCCAUCGCCGGCGGGCGUCUCAGCGUCGACGUCGCAUCAUCAUCGACGAUCGCCGAGGCAACAUCAUCAGCAACAUCAUCGCAACAGCAAUCGGCAGCAACGCUCACCCAGUUCUGGCAGCAGUCGCAGCUCGGCAUCGCGUUCCCGAUCACCUGCGUCGCGUGACUUGAAAUAUAAGCGUGAUGAGUAUAUCAAAAAGAUAAGCGAGACGAGCUUGUUUGCUGAGUUGGUGAAGGAUCGCCAUAAGCGGAACAAGGCUCUGAAGGAGAUUAUUGAUCGGCAGGAGGAGAAUAGCAACAGCAACGGUGCGAUGACUAUCAACGAAAACAGUUCCUCAGUGGAUGGCAAUACGCCCAAUGUUGCCAAUGACAAUCGACAAUUGUCGAUAGCACAAACAUCUGCAAGUGCCACGCCAAACGGAAUUGUCAGUGUGAGUGGUGCCGGUAAGCCGGAUUUGGACGUUAACAACAUUCCAAUGCCAAACAAAGAAAACAAUGAUACACUUAAGCUACAUCCGACUAUUGCUGUUCUUGCUGGUGCUGCUGCUGCUUCUGCUGCUGCUGUAGAUGUUACGGAUGCCUCACCAAUUGUAAUGCAAUCAUUUAAACCGAACGCAGCAAACCAAAAACACAAGAGCCUAACGGCUUUGCCCCUGCCGCCCGGCAUGAAUGCUGCCGAUUUUGAGAAUGCAACUACGCCUUCGCCGCCAGAUGUGGUCAAGCAGGCGGCGGCGAUGGCGGCCACACCGAAAUCAUCAACGAAGAAAUUAUCACCCGAAGAUAAGAAUCUAAUUGCCAAUGCCAAUGCCAACAAGAGCCUUUUGAAUCUGCCAAUGCCGCCCGUAAUACCGGGCAGCGAAGAGUUAAGUGGCGACGAUGAUGUCAUCGACAGUCCCGAGGACUUCGAUACGCCCAGUGGCAACAGCAACAGCACGACAAAUACGGCUGCGAAUCCAAAUGCAUCCCAGUCGGCAUCGCGUCGUCGUCCAGUGAUCCUCAAUCGACGCGACUCUCGCAACAAUGUCCGCGAUUGGGGCGAACGCUGUGUGGAUGUGUUCGAGGUGAUUGCCCAGAUCGGCGAGGGCACCUAUGGACAGGUAUACAAAGCACGAGAUCAUCAUACCAACGAUAUGGUUGCAUUGAAGAAGGUGCGUCUCGAGCACGAAAAGGAAGGUUUUCCCAUAACGGCUGUGCGUGAAAUCAAAAUAUUAAGGCAACUGAAUCAUCGCAACAUUGUUAACUUGCACGAGAUCGUGACGGACAAACAGGAUGCGGUUGAGUUUCGUAAGGAUAAGGGCUCGUUCUAUCUGGUGUUUGAAUACAUGGACCACGAUCUCAUGGGUCUUCUCGAGUCCGGCAUGGUUGACUUUAACGAGGAGAACAAUGCGAGCAUUAUGAAACAGCUAUUGGAUGGCCUCAACUACUGCCACAAAAAGAAUUUUCUGCAUCGGGACAUAAAAUGUUCCAACAUUUUAAUGAACAACAAGGGCAAGGUAAAAUUGGCGGACUUUGGCUUGGCGCGACUGUACAACGCGGAAGAUCGGGAACGUCCGUAUACGAACAAAGUCAUAACGCUUUGGUAUCGGCCACCGGAGCUGCUGCUGGGCGAGGAGCGUUAUGGUCCGUCGAUCGAUGUGUGGUCCUGUGGCUGCAUACUGGGCGAAUUGUUUCUGAAGCGACCGCUAUUUCAGGCAAACGCGGAAAUGGCACAACUGGAAACUAUAUCGAAAAUAUGUGGUUCACCAAUUCCUGCCGUUUGGCCGAAUGUUAUUAAGCUGCCGCUUUUUCACACGCUGAAACAGAAGAAAACGCAUCGCCGGCGUUUGCGUGAAGAUUUUGAGUUUAUGCCAACAUCAGCACUCGAUCUGCUCGAUAAAAUGCUCGAUUUGGAUCCGGAGAAACGCAUUACGGCGGAGGAUGCGCUUAGAUCACCUUGGCUAAAGAAUAUCAACCCAGAUGAAAUGCCAACACCACAAUUGCCAACGUGGCAGGACUGUCAUGAGCUAUGGAGCAAGAAACGGCGUCGGCAGCUGCGUGAGCAGCAGGAAUCGCUGCCACCGGGUGUUAUUUGUCCAGCAGCUAGGUAUCAGCAACACGGAGCCGCUAUGGUUGGGGAUGCCUAGCAUUUACUCUAUGCUUCAUGCUACAAUGAAGAGGAAGAGGAAGACUAUAAACAGCGGGAGGUGGAGUGUGCCUGGUGGCAAAGUUAAUACCUAAGAAGUUUGUAACGAAUUAUAAAUAGUUAGUUGGCAGGCAGACUCUGAUCGCGGGUUGACAUGCUCUACCAAAGCACUCUAUUCUUUAAGUCAUCUUUAAAAAAAUCAAAAACAAAAAACAAACAAAAAGAAAAACUAAAACGAAGAAAAAAAAUAACUGAGCUAAGGAUACAUUUUAAAAAGUGAUGAAAUGCUACAAAUCGAGCAUUUCGAAUUGACCGCUGUAUCAUAUUGUAAUAUAUAAAUACUAUUUACCGCUAUAUUCAGACAAAUAAUUGGUUUGAACAUUAUUUGUUUAAAGUUUUUUUUUUUAAUGCUUAGCGUAAUAAUGUCUUACAUAUUGGCAAUAAAAAACAUGAGAAAUAACAUAUUUAACCGAUGUGCGUGUCUCAAAUUUUGUUCACAUAUAAUUUUAUUCUGUUUUAACAAAUUUGACAAAUCAAUUCUCCUAGCUUUGAGUUGCAUGAUGCGGUUUUUGUUUACGAUCGAAUGAAAACCAUCGCUUAGUUUCAAAAUAAAGGCGAUAUUGUGAAGCAGUUAAAGGUUAGCAUUUUAACAUUUAAAAAAUUGUUAUAUAUAC